UGCCGCCUGAGAGAACUUGUCCCCUGUUUUUGGCUUGACAAUACCUGCUUGUAUCAUACCUUAAUACGCACUUCACAAGUUUCAUAUUCCCUCGACCAAUAUUCUCAAAUUACUCAUCCUUAUGCAUUACAACAUUCAAGUGUUAGAUACAUCGAAACUCGGAUUUUCUAAUCUUUAUAUGCGUUGACGCAUUGAGUUUUUGUCACUCUUGAUCGAUCUAUACUUGAAAAUCGAGAAUUCUGGCCCCAACCCAAACAGACAAUGGGCCUUUUUGGAAAAUCUCAAGAAAAAAAUCCGAAAGAUCAGGUAAAUGAAUGGACUCAUAAACUACGAAAAGAGGGUUAUCAAUUAGAUCGUCAGGUUAGGGCAAUUCAACGUGAAGAAGAAAAAGUGAAACGUUCAUUGAAAGAGGCUGCAAAGAAAGGCGAUAAAGAUGUUUGUAAAGUCCUGGCCAAAGAAAUCAUACGUGCUCGCAAAGCAUGCAACAAAAUCCAUACAUCGAAGGCUCACUUGAAUUCAGUCACUCUACAAAUGAAAAAUCAAUUAGCAACAAUACGGGUAGCGGGUUCACUGUCAAAGUCAACCGAAAUUAUGCAAGCAAUGCAAUCACUUCUAAAAGUACCAGAGGUAGCAGCAACUAUGAGAGAAUUGUCAAAAGAAAUGAUGAAAGCUGGAAUCAUCGAGGAAAUGCUCGACGAAGCUAUGGACUCCGUCGAGGAUUCUGAAGAAAUGGAAGAUGAAGCAGAUGAGGAGGUGGACAAAAUUCUCUGGGAGUUGACAGCCGGUCAACUUGGAACAGCACCUGCCCUUGUGAUGGAAACACCAGGAUCAUCAACUUCAACCGAAGAACCAUCUCAAGAUGUUGAAAAUGAUAAAGAUCUCGAAGAUAUGAGAUCUAGAUUGCAGAGUCUACGUGAAUAGUUCUCGUUUUCUCAUAUCUUCAUUGUUCCACACUUAAAUAUGGUUUUGUUUGUCUAUAUUCGAGCACUUUUAUUUUUCUAACAGUAUUCCAAGUUUCGCAGACUAGUAAUUUUCAUUUAAUUUGAUGUAAUAUUUAUCUUUUCUAUUGAGUUUUAUAUGAAGCUGGCUUCUUAUAAAACCGAGAUGAAUGGAUCAUUUUAGCUUGCUUCAACGUGACGUGUGACGUCAGCAUAUAUCCUUUAAACUUUCGUAUUUCGGUAAAAAUGGGCUUACGAAGAAUCAAAAGACAUUUAAAGAGACACCCAAAUUGCAUCUAUUUUUUAUAAAUGGCUGCAUUCGCCCCACAUAUUAUUAAGUAGGAAUUGAUUUAAUAUAAACAUGUAUAUAGCAAUAAUUAUUGGCUUUCUGAAAGAUAAUGUAAAGUUUAAAACUCAAAGAUUACAUCGAAUAAUGUAUCUUGGAUACAUUUUCUAUUGUAUGCUAUUGGAAUGCUAUUUGUUUUUAUGGGUUUUAAAGUUCCUCUGACACGCGAGAUACAACCUCUAUGAAAACAUCAGGAAAAAUGCACAUGGUUUCAUUUC